CGCGCCGAAACUAAAGUCAAGUUUGUAAAUUGUAAUAUGUUCAUAAUUUUUUGCAAUAAUGUUUUCUUUUUAUACCUUUAGAUACCUAAAUAAAAUAUAUAUUAAGUAGAGUGUAUGUUUACAUCAAAAUUAUUUAAUCCCUGUAGUUUAGUGGUUUCAACGACUAUCAAGAAUUGUAUAAACCUUACCUGUUCAAUAAGAAAUGUUAAAAGUUUAAAUAGAAUUGAUAGUUCGCUAAAAGUGUUGACGAAUUCUAGAAACAUGUCCCAAAAGAGUAUUAAAUCGUUUUUUAAAAUAACUCCUAAGAAAACUGAAGUUAUAACCGAAGCAGCGAAUCAGGAACGUAAUGCAUCGCCAUCCACUACAAGUAUCAAUAGUGAAACUGACAGUCCAAAUGGAAAUGCAAAGCGAGGUAAAAGAUUGAGAUCAAGUAGCAGUGAACAUGAAUCUGGAGAGGUUAAGAAGAUUCCAUCUCCAAGUAGUUCAGAGAAGAAAAAGAAAGUCAAACGUCAGAGAAUUGAGAGUUCGGAGAGCGAAACAGAAAAUACAGUAGAGGAAGAAAAAAUGGAGGUGAAACUUGAAAAUAACAAUCCACCCAAAACCUACGCCUCACCGAAGGCCAAGAAAAUGAAUGAGAAGAAAAUAAAGAUAGAGAAGGAGCGAUCACCAGAAAGUAACGAUAGAAAAACAGAAAUUAAAAGUCCGUCUCCUGUUAAGAUGCCAAAGAAUAAAGCGAAUGGCAACAUUAUGAGUUCAUUUGUAAAGAUUGAGAGGCCGGACGCAAAGAAAGAUAAAGAAAAUAUUACAGACGCAGAUAAAGAUAACUCUGGCAUAGUUAAAGAAGUUGAUUACAAUCCCGGUAAAACGAAAUACAAUCCGAUCAAAGAUGCCUGCUGGAAGAAAAGUCAAGAUGUACCAUAUCUGGCGUUAGCAAAGACCCUAGAAGUCAUAGAAGCGACGUCUGCUAGACUUAAAAUGGUGGAGAUAUUAAGUAAUUACUUCAAGUCGGUCAUAGCAUUGACUCCAGAGGAUCUUCUGCCUAGCAUAUAUCUGUGUUUGAAUCAACUAGCACCAGCAUAUAAGAGUCUUGAAUUAGGGAUAGCUGAGACAUACUUGAUGAAGGCCGUGGGUCAGUGUACAGGGCGGACCCUCGCACAGAUGAAGGCGGCUGCACAGCGCUGCGGGGACCUGGGUCUGGUGGCGGAGCAGGCUCGCGCUACACAGAGGACGAUGUUCGCUCCCCCGCCCCUCACCGUGAGGAAAGUUAUCACGGCGCUCAGAGACGUGGCCGCUAUGACGGGCCAGGCGUCUGUCAACAAAAAAAUUGGAAAAAUCCAAUCGCUUUAUGUUGCAUGCAGACAUUCAGAAGCCAGAUAUCUGAUCAGGUCCCUCGAGGGCAAGCUGCGCGUGGGUCUAGCGGAACAGUCCCUGCUCCAGGCGCUGGCUCAGGCUAUGGCUGAAGAAGACUCCAAGAGCCUCAUAGACGAAUACGCGCUCAUCAUCAAGACGACGUACUGCGAGUGUCCCAACUACGACCUGAUAGUUCCAGUACUGCUGCAGCACGGCGUGAGGUCUCUGCCAGAACACUGCCGCCUAACUCCAGGUCUGCCACUCAAACCCAUGCUGGCUCACCCCACUAAAGGAGUACAUGAAGUCUUCAACAGGUUCGACGGGUCGGUGUUCACAUGCGAGUAUAAAUACGACGGCGAGCGCGCUCAGAUACAUGUGCCGGGGUGCGGGAGACCAGACCUGGAGCGCGCCGCCAUAUACAGUAGGAACCAGGAGGACAACACGUCUAAAUACCCGGACAUCAUAAAACGCCUUCCGUCUCUGAUGAAGGAGUCGGUGAGGAGCUGCGUGCUGGACUGCGAGGCGGUCGCCUACGACACUACCAGCAAGCAAAUAUUACCAUUCCAGGUGUUAUCGACUCGCAAACGGAAGGACGCGUCCGAGGACCAGAUCAAGGUGCAGGUGUGUGUGUUCGUGUUCGACCUGCUGUACCUCAACGGAGAGGCGCUCGUCAGGGAAGACCUGGAGAAAAGGAGGGAGCUGUUGAGGCAGCACUUCAAUGAGGUCGAAGGUGAAUGGCAGUUCGCGGUGAGCCGUGACUGUACCGACGAGGAGGAGGUGGCUCAGUUCCUGCAGGAGUCUGUGAAGGCAUCCUGUGAGGGUCUCAUGGUGAAGGCGCUCCGGGGAGAGAAUGCGCGCUAUGACAUAGCCAGGAGGUCGCACAACUGGCUGAAGUUAAAGAAGGACUAUCUGGAGGGCGUGGGCGACUCCGUGGACGCGGUGGUGAUCGGCGCUUAUCACGGGCGGGGGAAGAGGACGGGCGUGUACGGCGGGUUCCUGCUGGCGUGCUACGACCCCGCUCACGAACAGUACCAGUCGCUCUGCAAGAUAGGCACCGGCUUCUCCGACGAGGACCUGCGCACGCUCAGCGACACGCUCGCCGAACACGUCGUAGACGGACCCAGGAGCUACUACUUGUUCGACUCGAGCCACUCCCCCGACGUGUGGUUCUCUCCGUCGUGUGUGUGGGAGGUGCGCUGUGCGGACCUGUCCCUGUCCCCGGCUCACCGCGCCGCUCUGGGCCUCGUACAUGACAGUAAAGGAAUCAGUCUGCGGUUCCCGAGGUUCAUCCGUGUCCGCGACGACAAGUCCGCGGAGCUAGCGACCUCCGCGGAACAGAUCGCGGAGCUCUACCUCCGGCAGGACCAGGUCAAGAACACCACCAACAACAACCCGAGAGACGACUUCUACUGAACCACUCCAGCAAGCUAACUAUAUCGCUAAUAAAGUUUUACCUGAACCAGACCAUCGACAGGAAGGGCGAGUCGUGUAAAUAAAAUAUGAAAGUCAGA